CACGGUUUCGUGGAUUGGCCUACUGCACCCAACUUGCAUACCAAUUAAUCCCAAUCGCAGCCGGUUUCAAUUGGGAAAGUUGUAUGAAAAGUAGUCGUUGGCAUGCGAAGAGGAUAUUUCUAAGCCGCAAAUAAUUGGACAACUAGUCUGCUGACCACCACAAACCGGCCAAGUAGCUUGAUUGUGGAACGCUUUCGACAGCGCUCACUUCUAGGCUCAACGCGCAUUUAUCCAGCAAACAGUUGCUGCCGUUUGCUGCAUCAUAACGGUUCAUACUGGCAAAGUAUACCAAGAAUAAUAUGGCUUAUAAAAAUCACUGGUUAGCUGCGCUUAUCCUUGUGCAUGUCUUCUUGCACUACGGCAUCGCCUCAGUUGUGCCCGCCACCGCGGCAACACCAACGGCUCUACGGCAGGAUAAUAUUAUAGGUUGGAUCACAGCAAUUUUCCGUCCAAACACCACCGCCUCACCGUCGACCUCUGCCACGCCGGCCACACCAAUGCGCGCUUGUCCGUCCUGCAAUUGUGGCAGCAUCAACACAUUUCAUCGCAUUGUCGGCGGCAUGGAUACCGAGGUGAAUGAGUAUCCUUGGAUGGCCAUGCUAAUGCGUCGUGGCGACUUCUAUUGCGGCGGCGCACUGAUCAACGAUCAGUAUGUGCUAACGGCAGCGCAUUGUGUGCGUGGCUUCAAUAAGCGUCAGAUCUCCGUGCGUCUACUGUCGCAUAAUCGCACGGACGGCCGUGUGAGUACGAUCGAUCGCCAGCUUGAUAAGAUUAUUGUGCAUGACGGUUACAGUACACGCAAUUUAGAUAACGAUAUUGCAUUAUUACGUUUCACUGAACCUGUAGAGUUGCGUGAUCCUUUGCGGCCCGUAUGUCUUGCGGAGGCUGGUAAUACCUACGAUGGUGAGCUGGCUGUGGUCACCGGUUGGGGUGCCAUCAAGGAGGGUGGCUUCAUAGCUGAUCGCUUGCAGGAGGUGCAAGUACCGGUUAUGUCGCAGGAGACCUGUCGCAAGAGUAAAUAUGGCUCUGACCGCAUUACGGAUAAUAUGCUUUGCGCUGGUUAUCUUGAAGGCGGCAAGGAUUCGUGCCAGGGUGAUAGCGGUGGUCCCCUACAUAUACCCAAUAAUGCGACGAAGACCUAUCAGUUGGCUGGUGUGGUUUCUUGGGGAGAGGGUUGUGCACGGCCCAAUGCACCAGGUGUUUAUACGCGCGUUACUCAGUAUUUGGAUUGGAUUGAAGCGCGCACUGAUGAUUCAUGCAAAUGUGUGGCGGGUAAUGGGGCUGCUGAAAGUGAGAGUAGCAGCACGACACAAGCCGCAGAAAUGGAAAAUAGUGAGUCAAGUACACAGAGUGUUGUAGAUACCACGACAACUACAGCAGCAAGUGAGAGCAGUAACAACCAAGAAAGCUCAGCUUUGUAAGUUAAUGUUUUUGUGAAGAUAGUUUAUGGCAGUUUGAGAAAAAUUUUGCAAUCAGAGAUAAAGAAGACACUACUAAAGAGUGAGUAAAGUGUGGCAGCAAUUUCGCAUGCAACCGAAAAGUGUUGUAAAGAAAACUGAAAUAAUGAAGAGGAUUGAGGUAGAGACAAAUAGAGCGAGAGGAAAAUUUGUUAGGAUUUGUGUUUCAUUCGCUCCAAACAAGUUUGGAGAAUAAUGAACUAAAAUGGUUGCUAAUAAAAGCUACACAUAAUUGUAGGUAUUUCUUAUAUAUAUUUAUUUAUGUAUUUAUUCGUAAAA